AUGUAUCGUUACAUGCGGAAGAAGCCCUGUCCCGAUUUCAAUGAGAAGGUAAAUGCGAUUGAAACUGAUGUUUUGGGAGGAAGUUCAAGUAUGGGACUUUUCGCUAGGUACAAGCGAACGUAUAAGAAGUAUUGGUUUGUUGUGAUUCCAGUUCACAUUGUUACUUCAAUCGGCUGGUUGAGCAUUUUCUAUUUGCUCUCAAAAAGUGGAGUGGAUAUAGCAGCAUUGUUGCAGUCUCUUAAUUUUAGUGAACCAGUUAUUAAUAAAGCACGGGACUCAAAAAUGGGACACGCUGCAAUUGCGUUUCUUUGUUAUGAACUAGCAACACCUCUGAGGUAUGUAGUUACUCUAGGCGCUACAACAUUUUCCAUUAAAUAUUUCACAAAAAUUGGACGUAUCAAAUCUGUGCCUAGCCACCGGGAAAUUGUGAGAAUGUUUAAGCAACAGAAAGCAGAACGGUCUGUCACAAAGAAAAAUAAGAAUGGAAAAUUUGGAGAGAAACCAUAA